AUGAACAAUAUAAUCGUGUUUGCGGGGAGUUCUCACCCAUCGCUUGUCAAUAAGAUAUGCGAGAACCUGAGCAUCAGGCCUGCGGAGGUGAAGCUCGGCAAAUUCUCGAACGGGGAGACGAGUAUCAAUAUCGGGGAGUCCGUGCGGGAGAAGGACGUUUACGUGAUUCAGAGUGGGUGCGGGCACGUGAACGACAAUUUCAUGGAGCUUUUGAUUCUGAUCAACGCGUGCAAGACGUCCUCUGCCAGUCGUGUGACGGCGGUGAUGCCGUACUUCUGCUACUCGCGGCAGCCGGAUAUUCCGUACACAGCGAAGGGGGCUCCGCUGAUCUCCAAGGCGCGGAAAGCAGGCGAGAAGGGAGCGGAGGCGGUGGAAUCGGUGCUGACGACUCAGAAGCCGGUGUCACAGAGCGCACGAAAGAGCAUCGAGCUCGCGAUCGAGAACAGUAUCUCGACGCUACAGCUGGGCGAGUCGGCGCCCGUGCGCGCGAAGCUGGAGCACUCAGGUUCGAACUCGCGCAUUCCGGUCAUCCAGAAACACGAGGAGGCGUCCUCGUCGGAGGCUGCUGGAACUGCCUUCAACUCCAAUAACUCUAGCUACAAGCUAUGGGUCGCCCAAAGCGGGACUCUGGUCGCCAAUCUGUUGACGACUGCGGGUGCGGAUCAUGUGAUCACGAUGGAUCUACACGACCCCCAGUUCCAAGGCUUUUUCUCGAUAGGCGUUGACAACCUCUACUGUAAACCGCUCAUCCAGGCCUACAUACAGCACCGUAUACCCGAAUACAAAGAUGCGGUUAUUGUAUCGCCAGACAGUGGUGGGGCCAAGCGUUCGAGCAAAGUGGCAGACGCCCUGGGGCUUCCAUUUGCGCUUAUCCACAAGGAGCGCCGGUCGCAAAUCCUCAAAGGCCCGCCCGAUGCUACUCUCGCUUCUGGGGGCGGGAUGCCUCUUUCGCCCAAGCCACUGAUUUCUAAUUUGAACUCCACUGAUGUGAAGUCUUCGUUGGGCUCCUCCAAGUAUGUGCAAACUACUAUGCUGGUUGGACAGGUGCGUGAUAAGGUGUGUAUCCUGCUCGAUGAUCUUGUUGACACUUCGUAUACUAUCACACGUGCUGCGACCCUAUUGAAGGAGCAGGGCGCCACCAAGGUUUAUGCAGUGGUCACCCACGGAGUGUUUAGCGGCGAUGCUUUGAACCGCGUAGCCCAAUCGGCGAUCGACAAAAUCAUUAUUACCAAUACUGUACCACAGGAGGAAACUGUAAGAAUUUUGGGGAAAGAUAGGGUUGACAUCAUCGACGUAUCCCGCGUCUUUGGUGAAGCAAUCAGGCGUAUCCAUAAUGGUGAAUCCAUCAGUAUGUUAUUCGAAUACGUUACUUAA